UUAGUGAGCAGACGUACCUGCCCACAUCAUGUCCUCGGCGGCCCCCUCGCCCGUCUGCACACACAUCAAUAGCACCAAAGAGGGACAAUGGUGAGCCAGGCAGCCAUCCAGGCGGCUAUCCAUCAAUCGAUGUCGUCGGUGUGUCUCACCAGGUCCUCCUUCAUAAGAUCCAGGUCGAUCAACACCGUAGAGCCGUCGGCCCGUCGCAUGAGGUUUUCGGGUUUGACGUCGUGGUGGGCAAGGUGGCGGCGGUGGAGGUACGCGAGGGCUUUGAGUAGGUCUUUUGUGAUCGUCCUCGCCUCGCCCUCCCCCACGCAGCCACCAAGCUCCCACACACCCUGACCUGCACACACACAUGGACACAUACAUGGACACAUACAUGGACACACACAGAGAGAGAGAGAUGGAUAAACGAGUUGGUCAACAAGUCUUCUUGCCUUCCUCUUCAGUUACCCUCUAUAUAUUCCACCAAUAUACACGUCCGACCGGCGCUCGCCACAUCAAAACUCUCGAGGAGCCGCACGAUGUUGGGGCAGCUGGCCAGGCCCUUCUCCGCGUAAAGGCGGUAGGUCGGCUGGAAGUGUCGCUGUUCAACACAGAGACACACAGAUAGUGUCGUGUGUGUGCUGUGGUCUGCAUGUUGCUUACCCCGCCUCUCGAGUAGUUCUCCUCGAGGACCUUGACCGCUUUUCCGCCCGACAAUUUCCAUAUCUCGGCCUGGCCGCCCCUCGUCAGCUUCCCCUCCACCUCCAACCCAUGAAUAUCAUGUAACACCCCCUGCACACGUCAGCCAGCGGACAGCACACAAUGAGGUAUACAUCUCAGUGAGCCACGGUGAGUCUGCUGACCUGGAUGUCCCUCUCUGCCCUGGUCUCCCUCCAGUCCUGCAGCCACGCACACAACCGGAGACCCGGAGACGGCAGGUGAGACAGCGAGGUGGCUUGUGACAGCACUCACUGAUGGCUGGCUCACCUCCUCGACUGUGCCGCUCUCCCGCAUGAUUUCCACCCUCUCCCUCGCCGCCGCCUCGCCCACUCUGGCUUUGGUGCCCUCGUAGGCGGCCGCCUCUUGAAGCCGCCUGUACUCGGCGGGCGGGUGGAGGGGCAGGGGCGGGUACUUGAGGCGGUGCAGGGGCACAGGUGAGUGCACACGUGUGUGCUGUGUCCUGGCGCUCAUUAGCGAAAAAAGAAAAAUAUCGCG